GCGCGUGCCCGCCUGGGUGUGCGCGCGCCCCGGCCAGCCUCGGACCCGCGCCCCCGCCCGGCGCAGGACCGCCCCGGGAUCCCCGCCCGCGCGCCGCCGCGUCCCACGGCCCCGCCGCCGCCGGCCUCCAGCCGCGCUCCGCAGGAAGAUGGCGGGAUCGGUGGCCGACAGCGAUGCCGUGGUGAAACUAGAUGAUGGACAUUUAAACAACUCCUUGGGCUCUCCGGUUCAAGCCGAGGUGUACUUCCCACGACUGAUAGUUCCAUUCUGUGGGCAUAUCAAAGGUGGCAUGAGGCCGGGCAAGAAGGUGUUAGUGAUGGGCAUCGUUGACCUCAACCCUGAGAGUUUUGCCAUCAGCUUGACGUGUGGUGACUCAGAAGAUCCUCCAGCUGAUGUGGCGAUCGAACUCAGAGCUGUGUUCACAGACCGGCAGCUCCUCAGAAACUCCUGUAUAUCUGGCGAAAGGGGUGAAGAACAAUCAGCUAUCCCUUACUUUCCAUUCAUCCCGGACCAGCCUUUCAGGGUGGAAAUUCUCUGCGAGCACCCUCGUUUCAGAGUGUUUGUGGACGGACAUCAACUUUUUGAUUUUUACCACCGCGUGCAAACGUUAUCUGCCAUUGACACCAUAAAGAUAAACGGGGACCUCCAGAUCACAAAGCUUGGCUGAUGUUGUUUGAACCACCUCCGUGUCACAUCGGAUCAGAUGCCGCGACGAUAUGACUGCUGGUCUGAACAACAUCUGGAGACUUCAAAAAGAAAACGAAAACAAAAGGCAAAGCUUCACUGUCUCUUCUUUGCAGUUUCAACCCAACAUGACGACUUCGACCAAGGCUCGCCCUUCGGAAGCUGUCGGAACAAAGACACCGAGCCGUCAUUCUCAGAAAAGAGUAAUACAUUUAUGCUGGAUUUUAUUCCGACGAAACGGAACUGGAUUUGUGAUCAUUUGUCAUUCGGUAGCAAGCUAUUCAUCUUUUUCGAAGCAAGGUGAUGUUUAGAAACAAAAAAGUGCUAAAGACAUAAAAAUAACAACAAUAAAGACGGUACACCGAAAUCAACUCGUUUCUGCACUGAAGUGGAAUUGUGUAGCACAACCAACAUUUUAGUCAGGGUAUUAACAUAGAAUGUAGGUUGUUCAAGGUUUGUGUGGUGGUUUUUUUGUUUUGUUUGUUUUGGAGUUUUUUGUUUUGCACAGGAUAAUGUUAAUUCAUAUUUUUAAAGCUUUCUCAUAUUUAUUUAUGCUCAACAUAUGUAUUAGAAAAUGAUUACUAUCUCAAGAACAACAAGUUAGGAAUUUUUGAAUGUACAAAUAUCUUAGGUCUGAGGGGGGAAAGAUACAUAUUACCAUCAUGUAAUGGGUGAAUUUCUACCUUAAACAAUUGAGUCAUAUCCUCCAGACCCCUAUCUUUAGGAUCUCUUGAUAUAAAUUGCUGUAAGUGCUUUUAGAAAGACCGCAACAUUUUGGUAAAACUGGUUUUGGAGUUAUUGACAACUAAUGUAAAAUUCUAUUUACAUUGCUUUUUUUCUCCUUACUGUGAAUUAGCACAGUAUUGGCUUCCUUAAGACUGACUAGCUACUUUUUCCUAGAUUUACAUAAUGGCUCCUUAAGUUGCUAUUAACCUAAAUGACAACAUAUAAGAGGGGAUUCCAUAGACAAUUUUUAAGUGACUAUUAUAUAAACUUUUAAGAGUACAAUAUGAAAAUGAUUCUGGAAUGCAAUGUAACGCAGGAGCCCCUGACCCCAAAUAACGUACUUGCAAAUAAUUUAUAUCAACCUAAGCUAUUAGCUCAUUGCAUCACUUUUAAUAGGUGACCCUCACCAGUAUCCCCAAGCAAUGCCUUCUUUGCAGCUGCAGAGAAGAGAGGAUGCUUCCUACUUGGUUGGCUCUGCUGAGAUACAAGAUAAGACAGGAUCCAGAUUAGGAAGUGAUCCAAUUAGCUUAUCUGAAAGGUUAACUCCCAGAACUCCCGGGUCUUUGAGCCAACCAAUAGGUCGAAUGCUCGGGAUUAGGCUGUAGGAGUUUCCCUGCACUUAUGGAGCUGAUCAAAUAGCAGUGCCUCUCCCAGAGGAGCCUGCACUGCCUUCCAUGUCAUCGAGAGGCAAGGGAUGGUUGGCGUCCUGGGUGCUGAAUUUCCCAAACCCCAUUGGUCCUCGAGAGAAGGACCUUUGGCAUUGCUUGGUCAGGUAGAACGGGGUGGGGGGAACGGGGUGCUGGGGUAGGUGUAUUUAUAUAUCAUUUAGGUUUUGUUUGUACAGCAUACCAUGUCUUGUUACGACACGUCCUUGUCCUGCUUUGCUUUUGAGUUCUGUUUUGUUUUUACACAACAUGCAGAGGCACGGAAGUGGCCAUGUCAUUUUCACGUGUCCAGAAUGUAGACAGUGUUUCAGUACCAAAGUCUAAGAAAAAGAAAACUAAAAUCGUGACAUUUUUUAUAGGCAAUGUAUUAGGAUUAUUCUAACCUUUGACACUGUUUAGCUUGGUUCCAUUGUGUUAUAGAAGACGAUCCUUUACUCAACAAGCCUGGUUGAGCAUGGAAAAGCUUUAUGGACCAGCUGACUCACUCAGCCUAGCGGGGCUGUCCGUGGCUCCAGGUAUUUUCAAGCCUGUGGUUCAUGUCUCAUGGCUCUGAAGUGUAUGUGUUGGGUUUUUUAUUCUCCUCAUGGUGGAAGAACCCACAGGAUGUUUCCUUUGAGUGGCCAUCCAUUCCCACCCACUGCAUCAUUCAGCAGAAACCAGAGGAGUUGGAAGUGUAACGGAUUGGAAUUGACUACCCAUCGGCUAACUGGUUAGCCAAGCCCUUGGGCAGUUUAAUGUAGAUAGGCUGUUAAUCUUUCGUUUCUCUACGAGGCUUUGGUUAAACCUAUUGGGAUUAAUCUAAAGAAUGUGAUCGUCUGAUUCAGCUGUAGGUAUAUUAGUCAGGGGCCUACUCCAGCUGUAAACUGGAAACAAUGUUCACGUCCUCUCAUGGCCUUGUGAGGCCCAAGGUGGGAAUUCAGUAUGGAAAGUGCAAUUUAAGGCUUCACACGAAAGCACCGGGUAUGUGAGGAGUUAUUUCUGACCAGAGUCCUCAUGCUGCAAUGUGACCAAAAGCGAGGAGUGGAAUUAACAAUCAGGCUCUGGGGGAAUAAAGGCGGGCUUUAGACAAUCGGUCCAUUUCUGCAUCACAAUUGGGAGUGAAUGUUUGUAUAUACUUAAAAGUGAAUAGAAAUGAUUUGUACUUCCUGGGCUAACCCAACAUUGUCUUAAGAUUCUUCUUACUUGAAACCCCAUUUUAAAUCUUGCCAACCUCAAUUCGAAAAUCACUCUUAGAAUUGAUGGUGAUUGGUGAAAGUGGCAAAUCCUUUCAUUUGUAUUAAAAAGAAAGUAUCCAAAAAAAAAAAAAAAAGAGAGAGGGAAACAGCCUUGGCGUUUUCUGGCAUUAAUGAAAUAAUGUUCCUCUGAUGAACUAUUUUCGAAGAAACACUUUCUUAUUUACUGCGUGGUGUAAAACGUGCUAAAUGUGUUCUUACAUUAUUAUGUCACUGCUGAAAGUUAUUUGCACUAUAAUAAAGGACUUUUCUACA